AUGCGUGCGCCGGUUAGUGUGAAUGACGAGGGUGUAUUUCUGAGUGGGCUGUUGGCUUUGAUUGUGGGUCCGGACGGUUCGCGGGAGCCGAUAGCGAACUGUGUCCAGAAGAUGGUGAUUCUAACGGACGACGUGAGUGCAAUUGAGGCGCUGGCGGUGGCGCUGCCCGAACAGUUCCAGAAUAGCACGGGUCCAGGGUACGACUGUCUGAAGGGUUGGUCGCGGCUUCACCUUUUCCGUCCGGGCGAUACCCGGCCGGAGGCUUGCCUGAGCGUCGUGCGUACGCUGGGCCUGGCGCUCGAGGAGCUCUUAAUCGGCGUCGAUCCUACGCGGGCCGAAGACGUGCGUACAGAGGUCUUCGGAACGGACCUGCCUGACCUUGCCCCAACGCCGGAAAAGCUCGAACCGACAUCGGGGGAGACGGCGGAAGCGUCGGAGGAGACCGGGUUGGUCACACCGGGGACCACACUGAGGGUCAUGUCGGUUAGGGACCUAUCGGAAGCUGAACGCCGAUACCUCACUCACGAGGUACCCGGACUGAUGAGCGCCGCUGUGGUCAACAUACAGCUCGCCCAGCAGUCCCGGUGGUGGCCGUUAAGCCGGUCGACGAAACAGAAGCUAGCACUCUCGGCCGUUCUUGUGGUCGGCAUUCCGUGCGGCAUACUCGUCUGGUGGCACAGACACGACCGCAGACACAGACUCAGAGACUAUUAG